AUGCGCUUGACCGUCGAGCUCAUCCAGAGUUCCCUCUCAUACAUAAAUCCGCUCAAAGAUCGUGAGCUGGAUCUCCGAGGGCACAAGAUCCCCACAAUUGAGAACUUGGGUAUUGCCAAGGACCAAGAUGCAAUUGACUUGACGGACAACGACCUCUCUUCCCUCGGGAACUUUCCAUUCUUCCCUCGCCUUCAUACCCUUCUCCUGGCUCGCAAUCGAAUUAAUCACAUCCAACCGAAUCUGGGGUCGUCCCUUCCGUCUCUGUCGACACUGGUUUUGACCUCGAAUAAUCUGUCUGAACUUGCUGAUCUUGAUCCGCUGCGCUCUCUUCCCAAACUCACACAUUUGAUUCUGAUGGAGAACCCUAUCACACGGAAGGAAAACUAUCGGUACUGGGUUAUCUGGCUGGCACCGUCUGUGCGAUUCCUCGACUACCAGAAGGUUAAGGACGUGGAGCGUGAAAAGGCGAAGGAGCUCUUCGGCACCGUGGAGCAGCCCUCUGUCCUCGCCUCUAAGAUCAUGGGCAUCAAGUCCCGGACGUUCGAUUCCAGUGCCGCCGCCGCAGACCGCCCAACUGAGAAGGCCAUCCGCGUAAAACUUACCGAUGCCGAGAGAAAGCGCGUGGAGAGGAUGAUUCGCGAGGCGAAGAGUCUGCAGGAGAUCACGCGACUAGAGAAGGAAUUGAAUGAGGGACGGAUACCCGGUGGUGCCCUCGGUGCUAGUGACGCCGAUGGGGAUGAGCGGAUGCAAAUGUGA